GCUCUUAUUUCCCAUGAGCCUCUGGGCCCAAACCAACCUCUGUUUCUGCGUCCCUUUCCCGUGUCUUCAAGGUUUUUGGACUCUGCGCGGUGAGUUGGUCGUGUCCCUGGAAGUAGUCAGCGCCAGGUGGGGGUGGGAGGGCUCAGUUGACUUCAGAGCGGGAUCAAAACCUGCAGGAAGGGUGGGCGUGACACCGCGAGGCGCUAGAAGUGAGAAGGCCCCGGGCGCGGAUAGGGCGUGUCGUGCCUGGAUCCUCAAGCCCGUGUUUGAGCGAGCGGCUGAGAGGUUGUGUGUGACAGACGGCGUUACAAGGCCGGGGGGGAUGUCUCUGUAACGGUGUCUGCGGCUGGGGAUGUGUGAUGGGAUGAUGAAAAGCGUGGCCUUGUUUGUCGGUGUGGUUUGCUUUGGCCCGAGGCUCUGGGUUCCCUCUAGACUCUGUUAGGGGUUGCUAAAGUUAAGUGACCGUAAGACAGGAAGUCCUGUAGGAAGCCCUAGAAUGUACGUCCAGCAGGAAGGCACAGAUCUAGUAUUGGGAUGAAAAUUUGACAUCUAGAAGAGUCCUCGUGGCAGCCUUCUGGGAAGACAUGGUGCGGAGGUCUCAAAGCUCUGGCUUUUCUGGACGCUGCUUCAGCAAUAGAGGAACCCUAUGGAACAUUGAUCAGUUCCUCCAGUUCUAGAACCAUGACUGACGGCUCGGUGACCUUCAAGGAUGUGGCCAUCAACUUCUCUGCGGAGGAGUGGGAAUUCCUGGAUUCUGCUCAGAGGGACUUGUACGUGAACGUGAUGUUGGAGAACUACAGCAACUUGGUCUCGCUGGAUUGGGAGUCAACAUAUGAGACCCAAAAUACAUCUUCAAAAAAGAACAUUUUUGAAAUAAAUUUUUCCCAGUGGGAGAUAGUGGAAAGCAGUGAAACCCUUGACCUUGAGGCAUCUGUUUUCAAAAAUAAUUGGAAGUGUGAGAGUGGAUUCGAGGAGCUCCAGGGACAUCAAGAGGGAUACUUAAGUCAAAUGAUAAUCAGCUAUGAAAAAGUACCUGCUUACAGAAAACAUGAAUCUCUUACUGCACAUCCAAGUAUUCAUAAGCAAGAGAAACCCUACAUUUGUCAGGAAUGUGAGAAGGCUGGUAGUCGUGACUCAAAACUUAUUCAACAUGAGAGAAUUCAUUUGGCUGAAAAACAUUUCGAGUGUGAAGAAUGUGGGAAAGACUUUUUAAGUGCCUAUCAACUCACCAUGCAUCAGAAGUUUCAUACUGGUGAGAAACCCUAUGAAUGCAAGGAGUGUGGGAAGACCUUUAGUUGGGGAUCAAGCCUUGUUAAACAUGAGAGAAUCCAUACUGGUGAGAAACCUUAUGAAUGUAAGGACUGUGGGAAAGCCUUUAGUCGCGGCUAUCAUCUUACUCAGCAUCAGAAAAUUCAUAUAGGCAUAAAGUCUUAUGAAUGUAAAGAAUGUGGGAAGGCCUUUUUUUGGGGCUCAAGCCUGGCUAAACAUGAGAUAAUCCAUACAGGUGAGAAACCUUAUAAAUGUAAAGAAUGUGGCAAGGCCUUUAGUCGUGGCUAUCAACUUACUCAGCAUCAGAAAAUCCAUACUGGUAAGAAACCUUAUGAAUGUAAAAUAUGCGGAAAGGCUUUUUGUUGGGGCUAUCAGCUGACUCGACAUCAGAUAUUCCACACUGGCAAGAAACCCUAUGAGUGUAAGGAAUGUGGGAAGACCUUUAAUUGUGGCUCAAGUCUGGUUCAGCAUGAGAGAAUCCAUACUGGUGAGAAGCCCUAUGAGUGUAAAGAAUGUGGCAAGGCCUUUAGUCGUGGCUAUCACCUCACUCAGCAUCAGAAAAUCCACACCGGUGAGAAACCUUUUGAAUGUAAGGAAUGUGGAAAGGCCUUCAGUUGGGGUUCAAGCCUGGUUAAACACGAGAGAGUCCAUACUGGUGAGAAGUCCUACGAAUGUACAGAAUGUGGAAAAACCUUUGGUAGCGGCUAUCAGCUGACUCGACAUCAGAUAUUCCACACUGGCAAGAAACCCUAUGAGUGUAAGGAAUGUGGGAAGACCUUUAAUUGUGGCUCAAGUCUGGUUCAACAUGAGAGAAUCCAUACUGGUGAGAGGCCCUACGGAUGUAAAGACUGUGGCAAGGCCUUUAGUCGUGGCUAUCACCUCACUCAGCAUCAGAAAAUCCACACCGGUGAGAAACCUUUUAUAUGUAAGGAAUGUGGAAAGGCCUUCAGUUGGGGUUCAAGCCUUGCUAAACACAAGAGAGUCCAUAUCAGAGAGAAGUCCUAUGACUGUAAAGCCUAUGGGAAGGCCCUUGGUAGUGGCUAUCAGUUCAGUGUGCAUCAGAGAAUUCAUACCGGUGGGCAGCCUUAUCCACGUGAGGACUUUGGGAAGACCUUUACUUACGACUCAAGCCUUGUUCAACAUGAGGGAAUUCACAGUAAUGAUAAACCGUACAAAUACACAGAAUGUGGGGAAGCCUUUAUAUGGACAGUCUACUCAGAUGAGACAGUCGAUGCUGCUGAAACUUUAUGAUUGAAGAACUAUGAAAGAACUUGUGUGUGCGUACAGCUUACUCAGUUUGAGGAGAAGUCUUAUUCUUGAGAAACCUUGUGAAUAUAGGGAAUGUUCGAAAGCCUUACUUACCUGUGUGUGGACAAUUUACGAUAUCAGAAAAUUCAUACUAGCGAGAAAUAUUUUGAAUAUAAGGAAUGUGAAAAGGUCUUUAGACUUCUGUAUGAUCUUAUUGAACAUCUGUACUUACGUGAAGCCAUUUAAAUGUGAGGAAUGUGUGAAGAUCUUUAAUUCAUAGUACAAAAGUCUCAUAAACGUUGGAGGACUUAUGCUCGUUAGAAAGUCUUGAAAAGAUGUGGGCAGAGGAGUUCCCGUCAUGGCUCAACAGUUAGCGAACCCGACUAGCAGCCAUGAGGACAUGGGUUCAACCCCUGGCCUCGAUCAGUGGGUUAAGGAUCCGGUGUUGCCAUGAGCUGUGGUGUAGGUUGCAGACCUGGCUUGGAUCCCAUGUUGCUGUGGCUGUGAUAUAGGCUGGCCGUUAUAUCUCCGUAGCCUGGGAACUUCCAUAUGCCAUGGGUGUGGCCCUAAAAAGAAAAAAAAAAAAAAAAAAAAAAAAAAGAGAGAGAGGUGAGCAGAACCUAAACUUAAUUUGAUUCUUGCCCUGAAUCUCACUUGUCAUCUCUCUAAUUAGAGUAGCAGAAUAUUCAUACUGUUCAUACUGUGGGAAGAUUUGGCUGAUGUGGGGGAACACAAUAUUCUUAUGCUCAUAAAAGCAUAAUUUAUACCAUAUAUGUUCAUUUAGUGAAUGUGUCGAAGCUUUCCAACACUAUUCAGCCUUUGUUAAGCUCUCCAUUAUUAAAGUCCAUUAGACUGGAGUUCCCAUUGUGGUGCAGUGGAAACGAAUCCAACUAGGAACCGUGAGGUUUGCUGCUCAGUGGAUCAAGGAUCCGGUGUUGCCAUGAGCUAUGGUGUAGGUUGCAGACCGGGCUUGGAUCCUGCGUUGCCGUGGCUGUGGCGUAGAGCUGGCGGCCACAGCUCCGAUUCGGCCCCUGGCCUGGGAACCUCAAUAUGCCUCAGGUGUGGUCCUAAAAAGACAAAAAAAAAGAAAAAAACAUCCGUUAGACAACUAGUAGGAUUGGUGGACCUUGCUGUACUACUUUUGGGAAUGUACUCUCACGUAUAUGUGUAGGUUAUGCAUCAGAGAGAGAAAAGAAACAAUUACAGAUUUCUUCAGAAAAUGACGACAAUGAAACCAUUGUGUAUUGAACUUUGUAGGAUGUUCCUGAAGCUCUGCUUAGUGGAAGAGUAAUACCUUUUAACACAUCUUGGAAGAAACCAAGAUGCAUGUGGCCCAGAUGGAGGGACAGAACUAUGCCUUGUUUUUCCCAGUAUCUCCAUAGUCCCCGCACACUGAUUUAAGAAGCUAGAAAAACAGCAAACCCUAAGCCAAUAUACAGAAGCGAUGAAUACAACUAAAAUUUGAGCUUAAUGAUUAGGAGUUGAAGCAGUAAUCUUCAGUCAGUAUUUUGCUAUGAAAAGUCCCCUAACUUCAAUUAGUCUUUGAUAAACCCGAACAAGGAAAAACCAAGAUAAAUUUGGCAACGUUAGAGUUCCCAUUGUGGCCUAGCAGGUGAAGAACCCAACACACUGUCCGUGAGGACGCAGGUUUAAUCUCUGGCCUCACUCAGUGGAUCAAAAAUCCAGCAUUGCUGCGUCUUGCAGCAUAGGUCAAAGAUGCAGCUUGGAUCCCGCAUUGCUGUGGCUGUGGCAUAGAUUGGCAACUGUAGCUCUGAUUCCCCUCCAGCUCAGCAACUUCCAUGUGCCACAGGUGUGACUGUUGGGGGAAAAAAAAAAAGCAACACUAUGUAGUCAUUAAUAAGAAAGAAAAUUAAUUCUAGAUAUGGAGAUUUUUAAAAAUUUAAGGUAAUACAAUGUAUUUAAACCUAUUUGGGCCAAUAAACAAAGGCUGAAAAAAAUUGGUCCAGGAUCUCCUUUUUAGAAACAACGUUUGUAAAUUGUCAGCUCCUUGGGUAAAAGUUUUAAGGUGAAAAUAAGUAAAAACUUUAUUAGUUCAUCUUAUGUGGAUAACAUAAAUCUAGUAACAAAAACUAAAUGUAGGAAACUUCUAAAAGGCAAAAGCUAAAUUAGUUGAACUUAGGUAAAUUCAGAAACUCUGAUUAAAAUAUCAGCAUGCAGAAUCCAAAUGUAAGUUGUAAGAAUUGUGCAACAUGAAGUAAUUUGUAUGGAAUGCCCAGAACCAAAAUGUUCUGGUUUACUUAUAAAUAUAGGCUGACAAAAAAUUGAAUCACUGCAACUAUAAUUCAUUGUCAUAGUUUAUCUUAGAUUUAUACGACUUAGAGUAGGAAAUAUCACAUGAUUUAAUCAAUUCUAAGAAGACUUUGGCAUUUGGAAAUCAGAAUGCAUCUCAAAAUUGGUAGCUUCUUACCAUCACUUUCCACUAGGUGACUGUCAUGAUGUAGUGCUAGCAUCAGAGGUAUCAGUUACAGAGUUCCCAUUGUGGCUCAGUGGUAACGAACCCGGCUACUAUCUAUGAGGAUGUGGGUUCGAUCCCUGUCCUUACUCAGUGGGUUAAGGAUCUGGUGUUGCUGUGGGCUGUGGUGUAGGUCGCAGGCGGUUCAAAUCCCAAGUUGCUCUGGCUGUGGCACAGGCCAGCAGCUGCAGCUCCUAUGUGACCCCUAGUCUGGGAACUUCCAAAUGCCAUGGGUGUGGCCCUAAAAAGCAAAAAAAAAAAAAAAAAAAAAAAGUAUUAGUUAUGCAAUGGGAAUGUGUUUAUACACUCAUAGUUAGAAUUCAACCCUUUAAAAACUACUUCCAAAAAUGUCAGUUCCAUCAAAACUGCAUGUCUGUGAUAUGGUGGUUAUUGUUUCAAUCUGCACCUCCCUUCUAUGUCCAUUUUGUGCAGUUAAGUCAUCCAUGACGUGACUGUUCAGUCAUUUGCUGUCUAGCAUUAUUGAUAGCAUUAUUGAUAGAUUGAUAGCAUUAUUCCGCAGAAUUGCAAUUUCUUUUUUUUCUUUUCAGGGCCACACCUGUGGCACAAGGAAGUUCCCAGGCUAGGGGUUGAAUCUGAGCUGCAGCUGCCAGCCUACACCACAGCCACAACAAUGCAGGAUCUGAGCCUCAUCUGCGACCUGUACCACAGCUCAUGGCACUGCCAGAUCCUUAACCCACUGAAUGAGGCUAGGGGUUAAACCCGCAUCCUUAUGGAUUCUAGUUGGGUUCAUAACCCACUGAGCCACAACGGGAACUCCCAGAAUUGCUCUUUUAAUAAUAAAAUGUAACACAAAGUAGAAUACUUUGAUCAUUUUAAUAGAAUAAGCCAUCAACUGGCUAGUAUCUCACUCCUGGGUACCAUAUUUGCAGGCUAACUAGGAGAUGGGGAGGUGGUGCCUUAUCCCAGCAUUUCUAAAAUUAUCUCAGAAAUCACCAGUACUUAAUAACACUUCAAAAACAAGGGGAAUUCUCUGGUUAAAGAAGCUCAUGAAGCAACAUCUUCACAAUCCCCACUUAAGGAAUGUGCAAAAGCACCUCAUCAAGACUGAAGUGUAUUCUAGUGAAGAAAAAUUUUUCAACUUUGUUUAAAUUGGUAUAUCUCAAACUUUACCUUGGAAAUAACAAUUCUUAUUACUCAUUAUCAUCCUAAGGAAGUGAAACUGCAUUGGGAAAUGCUGCAAAAUCUAAAAGAGACUUUACAGUAAAGUUGGAAAUUUCAGUCACCAGGUCUGGUUGUUAGCUAAACAGGGUGGCAGUUAGCUCCUGCUUUCAGUUAACCUUCUAACAUUUUCUAUUAUUUGUGAGUAAAAAAUCUUUGUUGUAUAUAAGUAGGCAUGGCUCCUGAGUUUUGUCAAAUGCCAUUUCAUCAUCUCUCCUGCAGUUUUAGAGUAGUUUGUUAAUGUGAUAAUUUAUACCUACAGACUCUCUGUCCUCUUUCCAUUCCUAGAUAUACCAAGGUUAAUCACUGGUGUGUGUGUGUGUGUGUGUGUGUGUGCGCGCGCUACGCUGCUUGAUUUCAUUUGCUACUAUUUUAUUUAGAAUUUUUACAUCUCAUGAGUGGGACCAUAUAGUAAUUUUCUAAAUGUAUUUUUGUUUGUUUUUGUAUUGCAAUUACCUGUUCUCUAAAAUUGCAUGACUGUAUUGGUUUUUUUGUUUGGUUGGUUGUUUUGAAUUGGAGAUCCUUAAUUAGUUUUCUAGUUCCAUCUGUGGAUUAAGGAUUAAGGCAGUAGGGUAAGGAUUCAGGUAUUGUCUGCAGCGGCUCAGAUCACCGCUGAAGUGCUGGUUUGAUCCCCUCUCUGGUUCAGUGGGUAAAGGAUCCCGCAUUAUAGAGAUUCUUUUCACUUCUCUGCUAUAUUGAACUUCUAGUUUUCUACUCAUUCUCCAGUUGCUUUCUUAGAAGGGGUGAUUUUUUAAAUAACUCAUGUGGUAAAAAGGUUAUUCUGGGAGUUCCCAUCGUGGUUCAGUGAUAACAAGUCUCCAUGAGGAUGUGGAUUCGAUCCCUGGCCUUUCUCAGUGGGUUAAGGAUCCAGCGUUGCUGUGGCUGUGGUGUAGGCCGGCAUCUACAGUUCCGAUUUGACUCCUAGCCUGGGAACUUCCAUAUGCUGAGGGUGCGGCCCUAAAAAGACAAAAAAACAAACCAAAAAAAAACAGUUAUUCUGUCCUUCUGUUUCCACUGUCCUUAUUUUGGCCAGGAGGUUCUUGGGCAUGUUCUUUUUAAGGUGCAUGGCAGAAGCACCAAUGGCUGUGCCGAAGCAUCUUUAAUGUCUCUACCCUCACCCGCAUCAGCCCACAUUCUGUUGAUUAGACAAGUCAGAUGGACAAGCCCAACAUUAAUAGAGCAGGGGCAAGCCAUGCCAAGGGCAGAGUAAAGAAUUGUGGAAAAACACUGUAAGCUCCCAGACUCAUAACAACAUAGCUUGGAUCCUUUCGCCGCAGCACAACCCACUGCAGGGGUAGCUGAGCAAUAGUUAGUAAUUUCAACAAUAAUAAUUUAUCUCCAUGAUGUUAGUUAGUUGAGAAACAUAAAUCUUUCCUAUAACCAUACUCAGAGUUGCUAUACAGAUUUAUAAAGUCAUAUAUAUUUCUUACUUUAAAAACUAGCGAGGACUUCCCUGGUAGCCUGGCAGGUUAAGGAUCCAGCGUUGUCACUACUAUGGCGUGAGUGGCUGGGGUCACUGUUGUGACGUGGGUUUGAUCCCUGGCCUGUGAACUUCUGCAUGCCAUUGGCAUGGCCAGAAAAAGUAUAAAUGUCUGUUUAUGAAUAAUUGUGGAGAGAAUUACAGGGAAGAUGGACAGAACUCUGUACAUUAAGGUGCUUUUUAAUAUCCAAAGUUGAAGACCUUUCUUCAUACGAACUUCCUGAAAAUGUGACCCCCCCACCACCACGUGAGCACGUUGUGACAAAGAAAUAAAAAGUGUGGACAGACAA